AGGUGGGGAUUGGCACUUCUUAGGUUUCCAGUUGUUUUUGAUAUGGGUUCAGAUAACUGGGACAUUAUGUAUCCAGUUGAGAAACACAUCCGGUGUGCACCUGGGACAAAGGAGCAACACUUUCCAUAGGAACAUGCUAUCAGUGAUGGAAGUAAGAACUCUCAACAGAGCAAUCUUUUAGCAGGAAUGUUGGGAAAACUCAGUUCAUUGGCCCCUUUCUACCAUGAAAUACAUUUCCUUCAAAAACAAAAAAACCAAAAAACCACUGAGUUGGUGUUCAUGUACCUGAACAGCAGCAUGUGAAGCUGCGGAUGUGAAGAUGGCUAGCUCAGAGGCUGAAGUCACUACUGGGUUUGUUCUCAGGGUUAGGGUUCGUUUUGGGUUAGAUGUUCCUCUCCUCUGCUUUCCUCCUUUUCCCUCCCACCCCUUCCUUUCUCUUCCCCUCCUUUCCUUCUCCCACUCCUGCCACAAUUUCCUCUCCAUUCCCUCCCCUCUUUGAAACUGAGUUUCUUUGUAUAACCGUCCUGGAACUCGUUCAGUAGACCAGGAUGGAUUUGAACUCACAGAGAUCCCAUUGCCUUUGCCUCCUGAGUGCUAGGAUUAAAGGCUUGUACCACCACACCCCUUUGAAGUUAGAUGUUUAACCUGCAGCUUUUCUUGGCUUCCUCUCAAGUAAUCCUCUCCUAAACCAACCAUGUUAAUUGCCUUUAUUAUGAGCGUUCUUCUUUGUGAUAACUGUGACACCUUUUUUUGUGGGAACUGAGAGUUGCCCGUGAAUUCCCCAUCUUUUAUUCUUCUGUUUUGUUUUGUUCAAGACAGAGGUUCUCUGUGUAGUCCCUGGCUGUCCCGGAACUCACUCUGUAGACCAGGCUGGCUUAGAACUCAGCAGUCUGCCUGCUUCUGCCUCCCUAGUGCUGGGAUUAAAGGUGUGCACCGCCACUGCCUGGCAUUUUAUUCUUGCCUUCCCUUUCCCUACAGAAGUGUUAAUAUUAACUUCCUAACUAGACUGUAAUCUCCAGCAGGCUAGGGAACCUGCGUGUUGACUGACCUCUUGUCCCUUCAAGCUAAACACAGUAAGUGCACACCCACAGCCUAACUCAGCGCCUGGCACACAGUAGCCAGCAAACAAAUGAGUGAUAAAGGAGCAGUAGCUACAGGCUAGGAUAUCUUCCUCUGCACCGCCCCAGGGUGGGAGGCCACCCAGCACCCCCGCGGGCUGAGCGCUCGGGGCACCGCCUUUCCCGUGACGUCAUGCGAGGCGGGACUUCCGGCCGCCCAAGUUUAACAGUCCAGGCGGGAGCCGGAAGCGCAGCGAGGAACGGGUGGAGCUGGGCCUCCCCUGUGGCCCCACGCUUGAGAGGCCCAGUCAUGCAGGAAAACCUCAGAUUUGCUUCAUCAGGAGAUGACGUUAAAAUAUGGGAUGCUUCGUUCCUGACAUUGGUGGAUAAAUUCAACCCUCACACGUCACCGCAUGGAAUCAGUUCAAUCUGUUGGAGCAGCAAUAAUAACUUUCUAGUGACAGCUUCUUCCAGUGGUGACAAAAUAGUGGUGUCAAGUUGCAAAUGUAAGCCCGUUCCACUUUUGGAGCUUGCGGAAGGGCAAAAGCAGACAUGUGUCGAUUUAAAUUCUACAUCAAUGUAUUUGGCAAGUGGAGGCCUAAAUAACACUGUUAAUAUUUGGGAUUUAAAGUCCAAACGACUUCAUCGGUCUCUUAAGGAUCAUAAAUGUGAAGUAACUUGUGUGGCAUACAAUUGGAAUGACUGUUACAUUGCUUCUGGGUCUCUCAGUGGUGAGAUUAUCUUACACAGUGUAACCACUAAUACAUCCAGCACACCUUUUGGCCAUGGGAGUAAGCAGCCUAUCCGGCACAUCAAGUACUCAUUGUUUAGGAAGUCUCUCUUGGGCAGCGUUUCGGAUAAUGGAGUAGUGACUCUCUGGGAUGUGAACAGUCAGAGUUCAUACCACACCUUUGACAGUACACACAAAGCCCCAGCUUCAGGCAUCUGCUUCUCUCCUGUCAAUGAACUGCUGUUUGUAACCAUAGGCCUGGAUAAAAGAAUCAUCCUCUAUGAUACUUCAAGUAAGAAGCUAGUGAAAACUUUAGUGGCCGACACCCCCCUGACUGCAGUAGAUUUUAUGCCGGAUGGAGCCACUUUGGCUAUUGGAUCUUCCCGUGGGAAAAUAUAUCAGUAUGACUUAAGGAUGCUGAAAUCUCCCGUGAAAACCAUCAGUGCCCACAAGACAUCUGUGCAGUGUAUAGCAUUUCAGUACUCCACAUCUCUGACGAAGGCAAGUUUAAGCAAAGGCAGCUCAAAUAAGGCCACAGCAGUGAACAAACGGAGUGUUCCUGUGAGCAGCAGCAGUGGGGCUGCCCAGAAUUCUGGAAUUGUCAGAGAAGCACCCAGCCCUUCCAUUGCCACAGUUCUCCCACAGCCCGUGACAACAGCUCUGGGCAAAGGAUCAGGGGCUGCUCAGGACGAAGCAGGUUUGGCUCGAAGCAAAAGUACAGAUAUUUUCUCUAAGGAAACAGAUGCUGGAAAAAGUCAGGAUUUCUCCAGCUUUGAUGAUACUGGGAAAAAUAGUUUAGGUGACAUGUUCUCACCAAUCAGAGAUGAUGCUGUAGUCAGCAAAGGAGGUGAUGAAUCUAUAGGCAAAGGAGAUGGCCUUGACUUUCUACCACAGCUAAACUCAGUGUUCCCUCUGAGGAAGAAUGCAGGUGCCUCCAGCAGUCUGGUGCUGCACUCCAGCCCUCUUAAUGUCCUCAUGGGAUCUUCAGGGAAAGAAGAGAAUGAAAGCCAUGAGCCGUCAGCUGAGUCUAAAAGAGCAUACCUAGGGAAGCAGGAACCUAAGGACGCCAUGAAGCAGUUUACAAAGUUGAUCUCCUCUGGUGCUGAACCUGGAAUUCUAAAUACCUGUCCAUCGUCUAACCAAGCAAGAAAUCUUGAAAAAUUUGAAAAGCCAGAAAAAGAUAUUGAAGCCCAGUUGAUACAUGAACCCUCAGUCAACGGCUCCUCAACUACAGUACCAAAGGCAGCAUCCUCCGUCACUGCUGGAGUGGCCAGUUCACUCUCAGAGAAAAUAGUCGAUACCCUUGGGAACAGUCGGCCAGGGGCGCCGCUUACCUCAGUCCAGAUCCGCUUCAUUCAGAACAUGAUACAAGAAACACUGGAUGACUUCAGGAUAAAGUUGUGUUUGAUGACUGUUCCUCCUGUCGCCUUUAGGUAUGGCGCUAGGAUUUUAGGUCAUCAUAAAUUAAAAUAGAUUUUUUUCACUCAGAGAAUAUUAAGAUGUUGGGAGGCACUUGGUCAUGUCUUUUAGCUCUCAUGGCUGAUUCUCUUUGUGAAAACCAUAGCAAAGGCUUUUCAUAGUGUGUCACCCCUGCCCCCUAGACAUCACAUUCUCUGUGCCCUAGCGGGUCUCUUUCAACCAUGAGUCUUUAUUGUUUAUUUUUAAUAUAAGCAUUUAGUGAAGGCUCAGGGGGAAAAGUUGGUCAUGGCAGACUUGACAGCAGAUGGUCUUAGAAUUGUAAACUCUGUAGCCAGUCUCAGUUGACCAUAGCCAGGCAGUGGUGGCACAUGCCUUUAAUCCCAGUACAUGG